CUCAUUCCCUAUCUCCACCGCCACCUCCAAAAACCUCACAUUCAAAUUUCUUUUUUUCCUCAUUUUCUUGCCAAAACACUAAACACACUCUCAACAAAACAAAAUAUUUCCAAAAAUAAAAAUAAAAAUAAAAAUCAAAGCAAUGGCUAUGAAGAAACAAAACAAGGUGGCUCAAACGGCGAUGUUGAAGCAAAUCUUGAAGAAGUGUUCGAGUCUGGGUAAAAGGAUCGUAGACGACGAGAGCGGCCUACCCGUGGACGUGCCCAAGGGGCACUUUGCAGUCUAUGUGGGCGAGAAUAGGACCAGAUACAUCGUUCCCAUCUCGUUUUUGACCCAUCCCGAGUUCCAAUGCCUCCUCAGACGAGCCGAGGAGGAAUUCGGGUUCGGACACGAGAUGGGCCUCACUAUCCCUUGUGAGGAAGUGGUUUUCCAAUCCCUAACCUCUAUGCUUAGAUGAGAGAGAGAUGGUCAAGAUGGAAGGGCAGCCAUGCAAGAGAAGUUUGUAUGCUUGCUUUUUUCCAAACCUUUUUUUAACAUCUCUUUCUUUUCUUUUUUUUCCUCUUCUUUAGUUUGGGAUAUUCUUUUUUUUUAAUUUGUUCUUCGUUAAGGGGAAUAUGUUUUAAAGCCUAUUUUGUGGGGUUUUUAGUGAAGAUCAUCUAACCCUAGACGCCCAUGAAAUUUGUAAUGAUUUGAGUUUUUUGUGGGUUGGAUUUGUGAUUAUAAGAACAAGGGAGUUCUAAUUA